AUGUUUACAUCAGACUCCGACGCUAGCUUAUGUACAAUAUGCUUGUCGGUCAUGAAUCCAGAAAAUAGAUCUGUACUCUUGACGUGCCUUCAUGAGUUUUGCUUCCCAUGCAUUGGAAAAUGGGCAGAAAAGAAUGCAGUUUGUCCGCUUUGUAGGCAAAACUCUAAUGAGGUUCUUAACAACAUCAGGUCGGAUGAUGACUACGAUAUUUACCAGAUAACAAGACCCAUCAGCAACAAUGCGCAAGGAAAUGCUUCUACACAAUUUUCAAUUCCAAUUGUGGUGCCGACGUAUCUAGCAACACGGCUGAUUCUUCCAGCAUCGUCUAUGACCAGUUUUCGCAACAACCCGCAAACAAAUGCAUCCACUGUUAUUCCUCAUCCUAAAGAUUCUACACAGCAGACCUUUCCAACAGUGCCGAUGACCCUUCCAGCACCUUCUAUGCCGAGGAUCCCAUUUGCAUCUCCAUUGGCGAUUACUAGAAGAACUCAUUCAAAUUUAUAUGAUGAUGGCAAAAGAAACAAUGAAAAAUUGUGUUCAUCUAUAGGAGAUCUUGAACAUACGGAUAAACGAAAUCUUGACUAUAUCUUGGAAGCUACAACACGGUGUUGGAGAUAUAGCGAGUACGGAAGCAAUAACAUAAGUGUUGGUGGUUACGAGGUCGAAGAGGUUACGACAUUGGUGUUAGAAGUGGAAUCUUCAGAAGAUUACACACUGGUGACAGAGGUAAGAUUUCGAUUACAGGAAGCACACUGCAGCAAAGAAUACCAGAACUAG